AUGCUUUCGCUACCGCCUCACUACUCUUUCAAUCCUAUAUCCCUCCGCUUCUUUAAAGUUACAUUGCUUUUACUUUCUAUUCUCUGUACUUAUUAUUUUCUUCUACUCUCGAAGUACACGUUUCUCAUUAUUGCACAUACCCGCCUUUUUCUUAAUACACAACUAGUCAACUUCUAUCUCUCUUUAUUUUCUUUCUUUCUCUUCAACAAAUACGCGUUCGCUUCAUACGUUUUUUGCUGUUUCUUUUUCUAUCGCCACAUUUUCCCGCUUCUUUUUAUACAUUAUUUCCCAUUUUAUUCUUUUUAUUCUAUUUUUUGUCUUCUUUCUCCCCGCCCUCUUUCUAUGCAUUUCAUUCUCUUCUCUUUCUGGAUAUUUGUAUCUUUCUUGAUUCACUUGUCUUUCCUCCACUUCUUCAUUGUCACUUGUUUAAAAACCGUUUUCCUUUCUCUUUUUUUCCGUGAAAGCAUAAAAAAACGUUCCAAUCCCUUCCUCCGUCUAUAA